AUGGAGUACAAGGCAGCUGAAACUUCUUCAAGCUACGUCCAGGAGCGAAGACAGUUGAGGCAAGCUUAUUCUCAUGUUGAAGACAACCAUGUUGUUGGAUUCGACAAAGACAUCGAAGAGUUGGUAGCCCUCUUGACUGAACAAAAGAACCCUCGUAAGCAUAAGGUGAUCUCUGUAUGUGGGAUGGGUGGUUUGGGGAAGACCACUCUUGCAAGAAAGGUAUACCAACACCCCCAAGUCAGGACUCACUUUGAUUGUUAUGCUUGGGCCUCAAUAUCUCAGCAAUGCAAUACACGGGAAGUCUUGGAAGGAAUUUUAUUUGCUUUCACUUCUCCCACAGAUGCACAAAGAAACCAUAUCAAAAGCUUAAGUGAUGUUGAAUUAGCCAAGAAGCUUCACGACUUUCAGAAAGAGUGGAAAUGUUUGGUGCUCCUUGAUGAUAUAUGGACCACUAAAACUUGGGAUCCUCUAAAACAUGCAUUCCCUCAAGGAGACACAGAUAGCAAGAUCUUAAUCACCACUCGGAAUAAGGAUGUAGCUGUGAAUGUGGAUCAAGGUGGUUUCAUCCAUGAACCUCAUUUGCUCAGUGACAAUGAGAGUUGGGAGCUGUUUCAGAACAAGAACAAGUACUCCUGUGUUGGAAUGGAUCCAUCAAAUUCAGACUCGGAUGAUAAUGAAAGGAAGAAAGAACUAGCGGUUGAGAUGCUUAAAAAGUGCGCUGGUUUGCCAUUGGCCAUCAUCGUGCUCGCUGGGCUUCUGUCUAAGAAACACACCAUAUAUGAGUGGGAGCAGAUGAAAAGAAACAUUGUGCGCUACAUAGGUCAAGGUGAACAACACGAUGACUCAAAAUACCGUAGUGUUUGGUGGGUGUUAGGUUUGAGUUACAGUGAGUUACCAUGUCACUUGAAGCCUUGUUUUUUGUAUUUGGCUCGCUACGCUGAACAUGCUGUGAUAAGAGUAAAAGAGUUAUGCCUUAUACUCAUAGCAGAAGGAUUUAUAUCAUUAAGAGGAAGUUGUAUGGAAAACAUGGAGGAUUUGGCAUAUGAUUGCUUAAGUGAGUUGGUGGAGAGGAGCAUGAUUCAGGUCAAAGAUAUGAGUUUAAGAGGAAGGAUAAAAUCAUUUUGCAUUCAUGAUCUCAUGCGAGAUUUGUGCAUGUCUAAAGCUCGAGAUGAAAACUUUCUACAUUUUAUGGAUUUGAGGAAUAAAGUGGAAGAGCCAAUUGAAUCAGUGUCUACUGUCCCGAUAACAAAUAUGGCUCUCUUAGGUACCUUUCUGUACUUGUGGGACGCAUUGCGUUUGAAGGAGUAA